GUCGGUAACGCACACCAAAGAAACAACCUUAUAGCAUUCGUUUAACAGUAUAUUUUUUGACCUUAACCUUUGAGAAGAACAGAAACAUUUCUUCUCACUAAUUUUGACUGUUCACGUACCUAUUCCAAUCAGUGUGUAGCUUUUCUAUUAGUGAAGUACUUGAUGAUAACUAGCAUCCAGAUGCAUAGAAAUUAUAACUGGCAAUUCUACAUACAUCAUCAUGAGCUAAAUUUUGAUCUUAUAAAAUAAGUGGAAAACCAAUUUGAAAUCUUCAAGAUGAGUUGGUUGUGGAGUACUCUAGGGUACAACCAGAGUGAUUGUGCCAUUAAGAAGAACAAUGAAAUCAAAUUCACUAUACUUGGCAAGGAACACACAGUGAGGAGUGAAGAUAUAGCUCCUGAAACAACUUUGAAUGAAUACCUCAGACAUAAACUCAAUCUCAUGGGCACAAAAAGAAUGUGCUAUGAGGGAGGUUGUGGAGCUUGUGUGGUAGCAGUUACCAAGCCAGGAGAUAAGAAAGUUAUGGCAGUAAAUUCGUGUUUGGUAUCCAUCCUCACUUGCCAUGGUUGGAAAAUAGACACUAUCGAAGGUAUAGGUAAUCCUUUGACAAAAUUCCAUCCGGCUCAACAAGCCCUAGCAAAUUUCAACGGUACCCAAUGCGGCUUCUGCUCUCCUGGCAUGGUGAUGAACAUGUACGCCCUCUUGGAAAAUGGAAAACCCACUAUGAAAGAGGUUGAGAACUCUUUCGGAGGGAACAUCUGCAGAUGUACAGGCUACCGUCCGAUUAUGUCGGCCUUCAAAUCACUUUGCUCAGAUGCUUCCACUGAUUUAUUGGGAAAAUAUCCAGAUAUCGAAGAUUUGGUGUGUUGCAAACCGAAAGAGAUUAAGAAUGAAAUGCCGGUGGGAAGACCUGUGGGGAUAUGCUACAAAGAUACCAAAUGGAUCAAAGUUUAUAAUAUUAAAGAUUUGCUGGAUAACUUGAUAGCUAUCAAAGAUGCUCCCUACAUGUUAGUGGCUGGAAACAGUGCUAAAGGUGUCUAUAAACUCCCAACACCAAAAGUUUACAUUGACGUGAUCGAAGUGAAAGAACUGACGAGUUAUGAACUCACUGAUGAUUUACUGACUCUAGGAGGUGGCAUGUCACUGACCACUACGAUGGAGUUAUUUUAUAAGCUGGCUGAAACCAACACUAAAUUUGCCCAUUUGAAAACUAUGGGAGAUCAUAUUGAUCUUAUCGCUAACGUUCCCGUGAGAAAUGUUGGCAGUUUAGCUGGAAACCUUAUGAUGAAACAUUAUCACCACGAAUUUCCCUCAGACGUUUUCCUUACCCUGGAAACUUUUGGUGCAAAACUGGUUAUAGUUGACACAUCCGGAACAGAGGUGACCAAAAGUCUUCCUGACUUUCUCGAAUUCGACAUGAACAAAAAAGUGAUAAAAUCUAUUCAGAUACCCAGUUUGUCCGAAGACUACAAAUAUGAAACCUACAAGAUUAUGCCACGAGCACAAAAUGCGCAUGCGCUCGUCAAUGCCGGGUUUUGCUUCAAACUUGAUUCUAAUAAGAAGGUGGAGAGUGCUACCAUAGUUAUUGGCAAUAUAAACCCUCAAUUUAUUCACGCUACUAAAACAGAAGAAUUCUUGAAGGGAAAAGAACUCUUCAAUAAUGACACCCUCCAGGGAGCGUUCAAAACGCUCGAAGAGGAACUGAAGCCUGAUUUUGUUCUGCCUGAGCCUGAACCGGAGUUCAGGAAACAACUUUCAAUAGCUCUGUUCUUCAAGGCUGUACUUAAAAAUACCCCUGAGGGAAAACUGAGCCCCAGAAACAAAAGUGCAGGUGAAAAAAUGGUACGACCUGUAUCAAGUGGGCUGCAAGAUUAUGAAACUAACGAAUCAUUGUACCCUUUGACACAAGCCAUACCGAAGAUCGAAGCAUUAGCCCAAACAUCUGGUCAAGCUCAGUACAUCGAAGAUAUACCUGAUCAUCCCCAUCAGCUCUUUGGGAAACUUAUUCUAGCAAAAGCUGCACCCAAUUCUAAGAUAACAAAGAUCGACGCUUCGAAAGCACUGGCUUUGGACGGCAUCGAAAAGUUUUUCACUAAAGACGAUAUACCUGGAGACAACAAUUUCAUUCCACCUGGUUUUGGACCUGGAAUAAUCGAAAAGAUUUUUGCCGAUGGUGUAGUGGAAUAUUUCCAUCAACCAGUUGGAGUAUUGGUGGGAUCUGACAGAAAUAAGGUUGACGAAGCUGCAGAUCUCGUAGAGAUUAGCUAUGAUGCUCCCACAAAUCCUCCUUUGCUCUAUAUUAGAGACAUUUUAAAGGCGGGAGCAACAGAUAAGAUGACGAAGGAAAGGGAAUUGAAACAUAAAAACAUAGGUAAAGAUGUGAAGUUGACUUUAUCCGGAACAUUCGAUCUUGGUAGUCAAUACCACUUCCACAUGGAAACGCAGUGCUGUUUAGUAAUUCCCACAGAAGACGGCUUAGAUAUGUUCCCAUCUUCACAGUGGAUGGACCUGAGUCAAGUUUCAGCUGCACGAAUGUUAGGAAUACCGCAUAAUAAGGUGAACGUGAGCAUAAGAAGAUGCGGAGGUGGUUUCGGCGCAAAAAUAAGCAGAAACGCUCAAAUAUCCUGCGCAACUGCUCUCGCAGCCUGGUUAACCCGUAAACCGGUGCGUAUGUCCUUGAGCUUGAAGGAAAACAUGGAGUUGGUCGGAAAACGUUUUCCUCUCGCUGUUGAUUAUGUGGUGAAAUGUAACAAUGGUGGUGUCAUACAACAGCUCGAUGCUAAAAUAUACAGCGACCACGGAGUCGGAGGUAACGAGGCAUUCAACCAAUCCAAUAUCUUCGAUCUCUUGACGAAAAAUUAUGGCUCAGAUAGAUUCGACAUCGUUUAUUAUCGUACCAGAACUGAUACUCCAGCGAACACAUGGGCUAGAGCUCCAGGUUCAACUGAAGGACUCGGCCUUAUCGAAUCAAUUAUGGAUCAUAUGGCAUAUGAACUGAAUAUGGAUCCAUUAGAUGUCAGAAUCAACAAUAUUGAUGAAAGCGACAAGCUGAGGGACUAUAUCGCUGAUAUUAUGGAAUGGGCAGAUAUUAAUAAGAGAAAAAGGGAAAUAGAAAAGUUCAACAAAGAAAAUCGUUGGAAGAAGAAAGGAAUUUCUGUAGUUCCGAUGGCAUACGAAUUCGCUCCAUUCGGACCCCUCAAUGUAACGGUCUCCAUUUUUCAUGUUGAUGGUAGUGUUUCCAUAACACACGGAGGAAUUGAAAUUGGACAAGGAAUAAACACUAAGGCUGUGCAAGUAUGUGCCUACAAAUUCCAAAUCCCCAUAGAAAAAAUUAACGUGCUUCCGAGUAACACAAUGGCCUCUCCAAAUAGUUCAGCAACUGGAGGAAGCAUGACAUCAGAAGCUGUUUGCUACGGCAUAGAUAAAGCUUGUGAUGAAUUACUGGGACGUCUAAAACCAUUCAAGAAGGAAGACGGAUCUCAAAAUUGGGAGCAAUUAGUACAAGCAGCGUAUGCUAAAUUUACAUAUUUGUCUGCAAGUUGUCAAUACUCACCUACUGCUCCAUUUGUCCAACCAUACAUCAUCUACGGAUCAUGUGCAACAGAAGUGCUAUUAGAUGUGCUAACUGGCCAACACAUCAUCACCAGAGUUGAUUUGAUUGAGGAUACUGGAACAUCACUCAGUCCAGAAGUGGAUAUUGGACAAGUGGAAGGAGCUUUUGUUAUGGGCGCAGGAUACUUUACCAUGGAGAAGAUAGUCUUCGAUAAAGAUGGAAGACAGUUGACCAACAAUACCUGGUUCUACAAACCUCCAGGUCCUAAAGAUAUACCUGUUGAUUUCAGGGUCAAAUUUCCGAAGAACAACCCAAAUCCCAAAGGUGUACUACAGUCAAAAGCUAUUGGUGAACCACCUUUAUGUCUCACUGUGAGUGUUCCUUUGGCCAUAAGACAUGCAAUAGCGAGUGCUAGACAGGAUGCUGAUAAAUCAAAGCCAAAAUAUAUCUUAUUUGAUGGUCCAACGACUGUAGAACAAACUUUGAUGAGCAGCUUGAAUGAUUUCAAACAAUAUACAUUAUAGUAUGGAUAUAAAUAUGUUUUAAGGGGUACAUACUGUGAUGGGAUUAGUUAUUAAUUAAUUAACACCUUAAUAUGUAAAUGUUUUUCGAUAAUAAAGUUCAUUUUAA